AUGCUUCUUUUCGUCAUGGACCCUACAGCAGAGUUUGGGACCACCUUAAAUCUUAAACAGAUUGUUACUGGACGGUGUUAUGAAUAUGUAACCCUGGUUAAUCCCAGCUCUAGGUUCGACUGUGAAGAGAUUUGGCAGGAGUUUGAAAAAGCUGUUGUCAGAAGAUCAUCCUGCAGUAUAAGAGUUAAAGACUACAAAAGAAUGUUCCGGGCCACAGCUCAGAUUUUACCAUGUGAUCAGUUUCUCUUCUGGAGUAAGACAAGAGACCUCAUGCACAGUUAUGUAGCGGUUACACAGAGCUUUUGGACAUUAGAAAACACACUGGUGGGAUUCAUGUUUAAUGAUCUUAUCUGGUGUGGACAGCAGGAGAGAGAGAGAGGAUUUGAUUAUCACUCUUGUCCUGAAUGGUCCACAUGUUUGAACCAUCCUGUUUUUUCACUUUGGAAGCAAGCUUCCCAGAAUUUUGCAGCAGCUGCAUGUGGAAAUAUAACAGUUUUGCUAAAUGGAUCGAUUCAUCAUGCUUUCAACCAAGAAAGCAUGUUUGGAAGUGUGGAACUGGACAAUCUUAAUCCAAGAAUGGUCUCCAACGUUCACAUAAAAGUUAUUUACAAUCUGGAGGGACCAUUUGUGGAGUCUUGCACUCGGGGUUCCAUACUCAGACUCAUAGAGGUUUUAGAAACACGAGGGUUCCACUGGACCUGCACAGAGAAUGACAUGUAUGUCUGGUUACUUAAAAUAUUAUUCAAAAUUCUGUACUUACCUAUAAAAUCAAGCUAUUGCAAAAUACAUAAAAAAACUAAAUUUUAAUUUUACUACAAUUUGUUUUAAUAAAAUGUUUACACACAUCAUCAAUGAAAA